AUGAUUAAUACAUAUAGCUUAUAAUUUGCAUCUCAAGAGAUAGAGCAAAUAUAUAGAUAAUCUCUCUUGAGUGGAAUUAAAUAUAGACGUGAAUAUACUUAUGGAAUAUUAAGUAUAUAUCUAGGAUUAAUAAUAAUAAAAUAUAAUUUAUAAGAGGUGUUAUUACCAUAAAUAUUUGCAAGUGUUGGAAUAGCAUUAGAACUGGCAUUGUUUUUCUUUAUGAAGAAAUAUUGGUAAAACAAAGAAAUCCUAUUAACUCUAAAUUUAAUAUUAAUGGCUGCAAUCUGUGAAAGUCUUAGAUUAUUUGAAUAUGAAGAUUAUCUUUGGUAUUAUGGUUAACAUUCAUCAUCUCUUAAAUUACGUAUUAAAUUGAUAAUAAAUUUAGUUAUAUAUUUAUAGGGUAGUUAAUUUUUAAUUUAAUCCUUUGUUUUCUGUUGCUCAUAAGCUGUAGGUAUUUAUAAUUUUAGUUAAUAUGAUGCAAUUACAAUAAUUUCUCAUUGUCUUAUAACUUUAAUUUUAGUCAUGCUUCGCUAUUAAUAUGAAAUAAUAAGUAGAAAGAACUUUCUUUCUGGACUCUCUAAAGAACAAUAUGAAAAUGUGAUAGAAGAUCUACUACCAUCUUGGGUAGUUGUUCUUAAAUAUAAUAAAUUAGUGGCUUAAUUAUAAAUAGAAAAAAUUAAUAAAAAUCUUAAAGAAAAAUUUAAUCUUCAAAACAAUGAAGCAUUAAGAGAUUUUUUGAGGAAAUUAACUUUAUUUGAUCUUGAAAUUAAUGGUUCAUCAUAGAAUAUAAAAAUAGAGCAUGAAUUAAUCUAAAUAUUAAAAUCAAAAAGUGAAGAUCAUCCUGUAUAAAGAUACUUUGGAAAUUUAGAGAAGGAUAUCAAUUCAAAAUAAUAUAGAUUUAAAAUUACUUAAGUUUAUUUUAAAGCAUUUGAACCUUUAGUUAUUCUCUUAUUUGAAGAGAUUAAAGAAGAUAAAUAUGAUUAAUUCAUUAAUUAGAUUGAAUAAAGAGAUAUUUAGUAAUAUGUAUUAAUAUAAAUUAUUUCUAGUAUAAUUCAAAAGUAAGUCUAUCAUCAAUUACUUAAUAAAUGCAAUUAAUUUAAUAAGUUCAUAAUUAAUUAUAAUAGUCACCUCUUUUAAAAAAAGAUUAAUUUACUACAAUUCAAUAAAAUUUGUAAAAAUUAAUGUAAUAAUGUUAUUAUUUAUACAAUCUGAAUAAUAAUUUAUGGAAUUUAUACAAAAUAUCUCAUAGAUAAAUUAAAUAUGAAUUUUAAGAUUUAGAAAUGGAAUCAUUUUUUAAAACUCUUUGUGAUAAUUUGGUAAUUAAUUAUAAAUAAAGGAAGAUGGAUAUUACUAAUUUUUCAAUUAAAAAAGAGAUAAUCAAAACAGAUAAAAAUAAAUUAAUAUCAAUUAUUAUGAACAUAAUGGAAUUUAUGAAAAUAUUACUAUCAAUAAUAUAUACAGAUGAAAGUAUAAUUUAUUAAGUUCAUCCAUUAAAAAAACCUUUUUCAUUAUCUAUAAAACAAUCAAAAUUACAUAAUGAUUCUAUUUAAAUAACUUUAACUCAUCCUAAUUUAAAUAUUACUAGUUCAAUUAUUAAUCUAAUAUAAAAUAUUUAACCAGUUUCUAUUGAUGAUAAAAAAAGAAAUUGGAAUAAUAAGAAUUAUUAUGAUAUGAUCACUAAUUUAAAUCAAACACUUUCAAAAAUGAUUGAUCAUUAUAAAAAUGAUAUUUAAUAAUCUCUUACAUCAAUUGGAAUAGGACUAUAAAGUACUGGAUAAUAAUAUAAAAUUCAUUAUAAUAAUUAAUAAAAAUAAUUUAAUACUUUAGGAUUUAUAAUGGCUUAAUACUUUAUUAGUCAAUUAGGUCCUUAUAAUAAAGUUAAUUUCAAAUAAUCAUUAAUAGAAAAUGAUAUAAUGAAUCCUUAAUAUAUUUCUGCACUUUAUUAAACAAAAAUAUAAUUUACUAUUUAUAAAGACUUGCAAAAUUUUUCAUAAGAAAUUUCAAAAAUGGAAAAAAAUACUUAUGAUGAGAAUUUGUUUUUUUCAUAAAAAAAAUAUACAAAUUAACAAAUUACAGAUAGAUUAUUUCAAAUUCAAAUUGAAGAUUAGAAAAAGAAUAUUUUUUGA